CUUUUUUUCUUUUUUUCUUGAACCCCUCUGCAUUGACCACCUUGCCCCGCAAACAUCAUCGCCCAUUCCUACUGCCGCAACGCACUCCUGUCUCUCUCAAUACCACUUAAUUGUCCCGUUGCUUCCUUCGACUUCACAACACUAGUUUCACAAACACAGAGGUAUGCACGAGGCGCUCUCUACUACUCGCCCAACAAGAAAGUAAAAGGGUUUACUUGUCAAGGAACGCUAAUCAUUCCAACUCCUGGACCAUGUCCUCGUUUUCGGCCCCAGUCCUGCAACCCUUCGCCCGCCCGCCUGUCUCCACCACGCCACUGCAACCCAUUCUGGAAACUCAAAAGCACGAUAGCACUUCAGAAAGAGGGGAAACUCAUCAAGCCAUGCCGAAGGUUACUUCCUUUGCCUUGUAUGACCCUGAGGUGUCGCUCUAUGCCUCUCUGAACGUGAGCAAGGAUGCCGACCAGGCGACGGUCAAGAAGGCGUAUUACAAACUCGCGCUCGCAUACCAUCCUGACAAGCAGAGUCCGACCGCUACAGACUCUGAUCGGGACCAGGCAACGGCACGGUUCCAACGGCUGGGUUUUGCCUAUGCAGUCCUAGGAGAUCCUCAAAGGAGACGCGUCUAUGACGAGACCGGGGAAGUAUCAGAGGAUGGCAUGGCAGGAUUCGGUGCUCAGGGUCAGGCUGCAGGAGGAUGGGAUGCGUACUUUAGAGAGCUCUGGUCCGGCAUUGUGAACGAGUCGACAAUCAAAGAGUUUGAGCGGACGUAUCGGUUUUCGGAUGAAGAAAAGCGGGACGUGAUCCACGCGUAUGUGACAUAUCGUGGAGACAUGGACGGAAUCCUGUCUGCUGUCCCUGUCUGCACUUAUACGGACGAAGAACGUUUUCGGAAGAUUAUUCAAAGUGCGAUUGAUGCGAAGGUCGCUCGCAAAUACAAGGCCUUUGGAGGUCCUGUCGUCGACCAAAAGGCAGCGGCAAGACGGAAGCGCGAGGCUGAGGCCGAGGCCGCAGAGGCGGAGCAGCUCUGGAAGGAACUGGGAUUGGAGCGUCUCAAGAAGCAAUCAUCGACAAAGCGAAAACAUACGAGCACGGAACCAGACGAACAGCCACCAGAGCCUGGAUCGGAGCGGGAGCUGCAAUUGAUGAUGAUGCAGAACGGAAAGAAUCGACAAGGAGCAAUGGAUGCGUUGCUGGAGAAAUAUUCGACCAAGAAACCCAGGAAGGAAAAAAAGUCCAAAAAGAACGCACAGCACCCUGCAGUAGGCCCCUCAAUGUCCGGACCAUCGUCCUCAACUUCAUCGGCAGUGCCACAGCAUCCACAGCAUCAACAGCACCAUCAGCAGCAACAACAACAGCAAUACCAACAACAGCAACAACAGCAACAACAACAGCAGCAGCAGCAACAACAGCGUUAUAUCUACAAUGAGCCAUCCGAGGAAGAGUUCAUGGCUGCUCAGGCGAGACUUCUGAACCGCAAAGCAGCAGCUACGGCGGCGGCAGUUGGAAUUCAUCCGCUGCUUACGACCUCGUCUCAUCUGCAUCAUCCACAUAAUCUCAAUACCUACAAUACCAGUCAUAACAAUCAUCAUGCAAUGAACGCCGCUGCUCAUAAUGUCAACUACAGGACGAACCACCAGCCUCAACCACAGCAGCACCAGCAGCCCAUGAUCGGUGGAAGAGGUGGUCGGGGUCGCAUGUAACAAAUUGGAAACGAGCAGUCUAUGGACAUAGUAUUUUUUGCAUCACCGACGUCUAUAUCGUAUUUCUAUCAACCAAUAUAACAUUGCUUUUUUUUU